AUGUUAAGGAUACCUAUAAGAAGAGCCUUAGCAGGGCUUGCUAAGUCUCCUAAAGAAUGUGUUCGCACAACUUCCACAGCAGCAAGUAACUUGAUUGAAGUAUUUGUGGAUGGUCGAUCUGUCAUGGUGGAACCAGGAACUACUGUCCUCCAGGCUUGUGAAAAGGUUGGCAUGCAGAUCCCUCGAUUCUGUUACCAUGAAAGAUUGUCUGUUGCUGGAAACUGUAGAAUGUGCCUUGUUGAAAUUGAGAAAGCUCCUAAGGUUGUAGCUGCUUGUGCCAUGCCCGUAAUGAAAGGUUGGAAUAUCCUGACCAACUCAGAGAAGUCUAGAAAAGCCAGAGAGGGUGUGAUGGAGUUCUUACUAGCAAAUCACCCACUGGAUUGUCCUAUUUGUGACCAGGGAGGUGAAUGUGAUCUGCAGGACCAGUCCAUGAUGUUUGGAAGUGAUAGGAGCCGAUUUUUAGAGGGGAAACGUGCUGUGGAGGAUAAGAACAUUGGGCCAUUGGUAAAGACCAUUAUGACUAGAUGUAUACAGUGUACUCGCUGCAUCAGAUUUGCUAGUGAGAUUGCAGGAGUAGAUGACUUGGGAACAACAGGCAGAGGAAAUGAUAUGCAAGUUGGCACAUACAUUGAAAAGAUGUUCAUGUCUGAGCUGUCUGGGAAUAUCAUUGAUAUUUGCCCUGUAGGUGCUCUGACCUCUAAGCCCUACGCAUUUACUGCCCGGCCUUGGGAAACAAGAAAGACAGAAUCAAUUGAUGUAAUGGAUGCAGUUGGAAGUAAUAUUGUUGUAAGCACAAGAACUGGAGAAGUGAUGAGGAUUUUGCCAAGGAUGCAUGAGGACAUUAAUGAAGAAUGGAUCUCUGAUAAAACUAGAUUUGCCUAUGAUGGGCUAAAACGUCAAAGACUUACCGAGCCGAUGGUCAGAAAUGAAAAGGGGCUUUUAACCUUUACCUCCUGGGAGGAUGCACUCUCUCGUGUAGCUGGAAUGUUGCAGAGUUUUCAGGGAAAGGAUGUAGCAGCAAUUGCAGGUGGCUUUGUGGAUGCUGAAGCCCUAGUAGCGCUCAAAGAUUUGCUUAAUAGAGUGGACUCUGACACCUUGUGCACUGAAGAGGUCUUCCCCACCGCAGGAGCCGGCACAGAUUUACGUUCCAAUUAUCUUCUUAAUACUACAAUUGCUGGUGUGGAAGAGGCAGAUGUUGUCGUUCUGGUUGGUACAAAUCCACGUUUUGAGGCACCAUUAUUUAAUGCUAGAAUUCGAAAGAGCUGGCUUCAUAAUGACCUAAAGGUAGCCCUUAUAGGCAGUCCAGUAGAUCUGACUUAUAGAUAUGACCACCUGGGAGAUUCCCCCCAAAUUCUUCAAGACAUUGCUUCAGAUAGACAUCCAUUCAACCAGGUCCUAAAGGAAGCUAAAAAACCAAUGUUAGUUUUAGGCAGUUCUGCACUUCAAAGAAAUGAUGGAGCAGCAAUUCUUGCAGCUGUUUCCAGCAUUGCACAAAAGAUUCGGACAAGCAGUGGGAUUGCUGGUGAUUGGAAAGUUAUGAAUAUUCUUCACAGGAUUGCAAGCCAAGUAGCUGCUUUGGACCUUGGCUAUAAACCGGGAGUAGAAGCAAUUCGAAAGAACCCUCCCAGAGUGCUGUUUCUCCUAGGAGCAGAUGGAGGUUGUGUUACUCGACAAGAUUUGCCAAAGGAUUGUUUCAUUAUUUAUCAAGAAUAUUUAAUGUUUUUAUAUAAUCAAGAAAGCAACUUUAAUAUUGCUGGUAUAACUCUUCCAUAUGAUACUCUGGAUCAAGUAAGGAACAGACUGGAGGAAGUCUCUCCUAAUCUUGUUCGAUAUGAUGAUGUUGAAGGAGCCAACUACUUCCAGCAAGCAAAUGAGCUCUCAAAGCUAGUGAAUCAGCAACUGCUUGCUGAUCCUCUUGUCCCACCUCAGCUAACAAUAAAAGACUUCUACAUGACAGAUUCAAUUAGCAGAGCCUCACAGACAAUGGCCAAGUGUGUCAAAGCUGUAACAGAGGGUGCCCAGGCAGUAGAGGAACCAUCCAUCUGCUGA